GUAAUUCUAGAAUUCUAGUGAUUUUGACAAUUGUUGGCAGGCCUGUUUACAGUUCUUUCUGUUUUGGCAGUGGUGUCGAAUUGUGCUUCAAAAUGUUGAUGCCCAAGAAGAAUCGAAUCGCCAUCUACGAAUACCUUUUCAAAGAAGGUGUAAUGGUAGCAAAGAAGGAUACCCAUGCACCAAAACACCCAGAAUUGGAAAGUAUUCCAAACUUGCAAGUUAUCAAAGCUUUGCAAUCCCUCAAGUCUAAAGGCUAUGUCAAGGAACAAUUUGCUUGGAGACACUACUACUGGUAUUUGACGAAUCAAGGUAUUGAGUACCUUCGUACCAUUUUGCACUUGCCUCCUGAAAUCGUACCAUCAACCCUCAAGAGGCAGGCCCGCACCGAAACCACACGUGCGCGACCAGCUCCCUUCAAAUCGGAAACAUCUACCAAACCCGCAGAAGAUCGGGCUGGAUACAGAAGAACACCAGGAGGCCCCGGUGCCGAUAAAAAAGCUGAUGUUGGCGCAGGCACUGCUGAUUUGGAAUUCAGAGGUGGCUUCGGACGAGGGAGGAGUGCACAACAAUAAAUUAAGUUUUGUAUUCUAAUUUUAAUCGACAAAUAAACUUUGUUGGUAAA